AUGGACGAAGUAGAUCCUUCUUGCAACCCAGUGCAACCAUUAUUAGAGAAAGGUGCAGGUGGUGAUGAGAGCAAUGCUGUCAAGAAUGGAGCCAGAGUGGACCUGCAGCCUGGCCAGGCCCAGGAGGACUAUAGCACAUACGAUAUUGUGCGAGCAGUUCAGUUUGGGGUCAUGGCUCGAGUUUAUGAACUUGUGGAAGGUGGGGUGGAUGUCAACGAAAUGGACCGAGAAAAUGUCAGCCUGUUACACUGGGCAGCUAUUAACAACAGAGUAGAUAUUGUUAGGUAUUUAAUUGCAAAAGGUGCCAUUAUUGACAAAUUUGGAGGUGAUCUGGAUUCCACACCUUUGCAUUGGGCAACAAGACAAGGACAUAUAUCUAUGGUUGUUCUGCUUUUGGGAUUUGGUGCUGAUCCAACUCUUCGUGAUGGACAAGGAUUCAGUUGUAUUCAUUUAGCCAGUCAGUUUGGUCAUACCGCUAUUGUGGCCUACCUAAUCGCCAAAGGUUGUGAUGUAGAUAUGAUAGACAAAAAUGGAAUGACUCCUCUUAUGUAUUCUGCCUAUAGAGUGUUUGGAUAUGACCCUACACGAUUACUGAUGACCAUGGGGGCAGGUAUUAACAAACAAGACAAGGUCAAUGGAAACACACCUCUUCACUUUGCCUGUCAAACAGGCAACACCUGUGUAGUGAAAAUGUUGUUCGACAAAAAUGCUGAUCUGAAUAUUCUAAAUGCAAAGGGUCAAAAUGCUUUGGAUGUGGCAGCUGAAUACAAACAUGCCAACAUAGUCAAAAGAAUGAGACAAGAGCGAGCAGACAGGGGACUGGAUCAUCAAAACUUCUUCACCAAAUUCUCUAGGAACAAAGAUGUACGAAAAAAGGUGAUGUGGUGGUUUCCGUUUUUUGCUGUAUACACCAUUGGCCUGAUUCCUGAACUUUCCAUACCUUGGUACUAUAAACUUAUUCUGGCCCUGCUUGCUGUGGGGUUCUGGAAAUUCCUUAAUAUGUUUUUCUUUGACGAGAGGUUGAUGAACAUUAUCCCUGUGUCUGUGUAUCUAAGCUCCAAAAUAAUGAUGUACUUUACCUGGUUUGUCUAUCUCAUUCCUUAUGUAGAGAUGACCUGGACAAAGACGAUAUUGUUCUGGUUAAAUACGGUGAUGUUAUGUUACAAUUUUUACAUGUCCUGGAUGACAGACCCAGGGUUCAUCAAAUCCAACAGAGAACAAAAAUUACAGACAAUUAUAGAUUUGGCAGAGAAGCAGACCUUGACGUUAAAUCAGUUUUGUAGUACAUGUCUUAUUCAUCGUCCAAUCCGAUCAAAGCACUGCUCUGCCUGUGAUAAAUGUGUGGCCAAAUUUGACCACCAUUGUCCAUGGACAGACAAUUGCAUUGGUGCCUACAAUCACAAAUACUUCAUUGGUUUCCUACUGUUUUUGCUGUUUAUGUUGUCCUGGUGUGUUCAUGGAACCUUGGCUUACUGGAGGGUCAAUUGUCCCUUUGACAUUUACGAGGAUGGCAUUACUGGGAUCCUGUACAAAGUCCUGAAGACCUCACCCUGGGUUUUCUGGGUGGGAGCUAAUGCUAUGGUUCAUAUAGUGUGGGUGACAGUACUCCUGUCAUGUCAACUCUAUCAGGUGGUUUGGCUUGGGAUGACAACUAAUGAGAGAAUGAAUCAUGGGAGAUACAAAUAUUUAUAUGGGAACUUCUCAGAGAGUCACAGUCAGGGACAGAGUCAUAGAGGUCAUGGGCACAGUCAUGGCCCAGGACAGAAAGACGAAUGUAAACAGAAAGGCAAAAAUCCAUUUGACCGAGGGCCACUCAGAAACCUUGUUGACAUCUUAGACUUCCAGUUCUGUGGAUUAAUCCGCCCCAAUAGAAUAGAUUGGAUGAAUCUUUAUUCUCUUCCUGGACAAACUCAACCCCUUCUAGGAAAAAUGAACUUUGGUGUAACAAGAGAAAAUUACCAAUUUGUCUGAUGACAUGAACAUCUUUAAGUUAUAUGUAGUCACAAUAGUCAGUAAAACUGUUCUUUUUCACUACAACUUCUAAGGAUGUAUCUAAAUCUUUAACAGUUUGUUAUUUAUAACACUUAAUUCCAUUUUCUUUUAUAGUGUUUCACUUCAUGUCAAAUUUAGUAUAGUCUAUCAAGAAAUAUUUCAUUAUUGUUGUCUGAAAUUCACAACUGAAGUCAGAAAGGUAAAUUUAAAACAUGCCGAUGUCCAUUAUUGUGGUACAUGUAUUCUCUAUUUGUUAUAUCUACUUACUUUUUUGCAUAAUUGAAGACUUCAGUAGCAUAGGCUUAUUAGUCCAUCUCUAUCGCUGACAAAAUAACUACAUAUUAAAUAAAAGGCCCACCCAAAAAAAUUAAAAUCAGUUAUGUGAUGUGUUAGUAAUACAUGUACUUAACCAUGCAUAAUUUUUGUUGAAAAUGUUCGAAAGCAAGAUUUCAUGUUACAGUUUUUUUUCUUUUAUUUGUCAUAAAAACUUAUAACCGAUUAUUUGAAAAAAAAGACUGUUAUUGUUCAAUAUUUUGUACUCAAAGGGAUAUAUUCCAAGAGCUUAACUGUAUCAAGAGAUUGUUGAGAAAGCUCUCUGAAAUGAAUAUAUUCUGCACAAGCUCUGAAAUGAGGUGAUGUUACAUUCCAUGAGAGACCUAUAAAUAGAAACUGUGUCAUUUGUCUCUAAACCAAAAAAUAUUGAAAUUGUUGAAGAAGAUGUUAUAGCUGAUAUUAGAGAAAAAAAAUAUUACAAUUGACAGAAACACACCAAAACCAUCCCCACUGUAGAGAUAUUGAACAUAUAAAUCUAAAAAUAGUGGUUUUGUAAUAGUACUUUUCAGUGUUUGGAGAUCAAUUUGUAAAAUUGAUUUUUACUAAGGCAGCUUGCAUUGGUUUUAAAACCAGUAACUUUGCUUCCUGAUCAAAACUGCUUUAAUCUGGAGCACCAGAAUUGUAACAAUAUUUUUCCUGUUAAUCCAUUUUUUUAAAUCCAUUUUUUUCUGUAUAAUAGAACAAAAAUCUUAGAGGGGGUGGGGGUUGGAGUAUAUUAUUUACCACAGAAAAAAAGCAUGAAUGGUUAGUGUUAUUUUACGUGCUAUUGUACUGAUUCUUGUAAACAAAAUCUUGCAUAAUAUACCUGAAUGUCGAAAUCCAGCAAGAUUUUGAUGUAUUGGUUUUGAUUCACUUCAGUUAAAGCUGUUCAAUCCAUACUAUGCCAAAGGUAAAUUGAGUUGUGUCCCUUGAAUGGUUUAACCCAUAGAUCAAAAAUUUUUCUUCAUAAUGCUACCAAACAUUUGAGUGUGCUGUGAUGAAUUCACUAUUUAAAUUUGUUUUUUCUUUCAAUGUAUUGUAGAUCUCCAUAUAUUCACAGCACAUUAUUUUCACAAGAUAAGUAUUUGGUAUUAAUUUUAUGUGGAAGACAAAAGUUGAACGAAUGCUAGUUAUUGCUGUAUUUAUCCUAUGCUAAAAAUAAAAUAUGCAAGAAUGAAAUUAUUGCGAGCAGACCAUCUUGUGUAAUUAUGUGAAAUAAAGUUCUCUCAGAAAGUGAUUUACAGUAUGGUAAUCAAAAUGCAAGAUCAAAAUUAUUUUUUUUUUAGCUCACCUGAGCCGAAGGCUCAAGUGAGCUUUUCUGAUCACAUUUUGUCCGUCGUCCGUCCGUCCGUCUGUCUGUCCGUCUGUCUGUCUGUCUGUCCGUCCGUCUGUAAACUUUUCACAUUUUUGACUUCUUCUCAAGAACCACUGGGCCAAUUUUGACCAAACUUGGUACAAAGCAUCCUUGGGUGAAGGGGAAUUUAAAUUGUUAAAAUGAAGGGCCAAGUCCCGUCACAAGGGGAGAUAAUCAAGAGAAGACAAAAAUAGGGUGGGGUCAUUAAAAAAUCUUCUUCUCAAGAACCACAAGCCAGUAAAGCUGAAACUUAUAUGGAAGCAUCCUGGGGUAGUGUAGAUUCUAAAUUGUUCAAAUCAUGACCCCCGGGGGUAGGGCGGGGCCACAAUGUGGAAUCAAUGUUUUACAUAGAAAUAUAUAGGAAAAAUCUUUAAAAAUCUUCUUCUCAAGAACCACUGGGCUAGAAAAGCUGAAACUUAUGUGGAAGCAUCCUGGGGUAGUGUAGAUUUUAAAUUGUUCAAAUCAUGACCCCCGGGGGUAGGGCGGGGCCAUAAUAGGGAAUCCAAGUUGUACAUUGAAAUUAAUAAGAAAAAUCUUUUAAAAUUCUUCUUCUCAAGAACCACUGGACCUGAAAAGCUGAAACUUAAGUGGAAGCAUGCUGGGGUAGUGAAGAUUCUAAAUUGUUCAAAUCAUGAUCCCCGGGGGUAGGGCGGGGCCACAAUAGGGAAUCCAAGUUUUACAUUGAAAUAUAUAGGAAAAAUCUUUAAAAAUCUUCUUCUCAAGAACCACUGGGCCAGAAAAGCUGAAACUUAUGUGGAAGCAUGCUGGGGUAGUGUAGAUUCUAAAUUGUUCAAAUCAUGACCCCCGGGGGUAGGGUGGGGCCACAAUAGGGAAUCCAAGUUUUACAUUGAAAUAUAUAGGAAAAAUCUUUAAAAAUCUUCUUCUCAAGAACCACUGGGCCAGAAAAGCUGAAACUUAUGUGGAAGCAUGCUGGGGUAGUGUAGAAUCUAAAUUGUUCAAAUCAUGAACCCGGGGGUAGGGUGGGGCCACAAUAGGGAAUCCAAGUUUUACAUUGAAAUAUAUAGGAAAAAUCUUUAAAAAUCUUCUUCUCAAGAACCACUGGGCCAGAAAAGCUGAAACUUAUGUGGAAGCAUGCUGGGUUAGUGUAGAUUUUAAAUUGUUCAAAUCAUGACCCCCGGGGGUAGGGUGGGGCCACAAUAGGGAAUCCAAGUUUUACAUUGAAAUAUAUAGGAAAAAUCUUUAAAAAUCUUCUUCUCAAGAACCACUGGGCCAGAU